AUGGUUUCGGAUAUGGAGUCUACCGGAGAAGUUGUUAGGUCAACCACCGGCAACGGCGGCGGUAUCACUGUGGUUGGAUCUGACGCACCGUCGGAUUUUCACAUAGCUCCAAGAUCAGAAAGCUCAAAUCCAUCUCUUACUUCCGUCGCUUCUCCUCCACAACAACCUUUGUCUCAUCUCACGAGCCAGCUCGUCGGAGUACCUCCGCCGCCGCUAUCUUCGACGGCGACGACUACGAUGGAAGGUAUCUCCGGCGGCCCGAUGAAGAAGAAGCGUGGACGGCCUAGGAAGUACGGACCAGACGGUGCAGUUGUGGCGUUAUCUCCGAAACCGAUUUCAACGGCGCCGGCGCCACCGCAUCAUCCACCGGCGACUUCACACGUCAUCGAUUUCUCCGCCUCUGAAAAACGCGGCAAAGUGAAACCAACAACAAACUCUUUUAACAGAACGAAGUAUCAUCACCAAGUCGAGAAUUUGGGUGAAUGGGUUCCUUGUUCCGUCGGUGGUAACUUCACGCCUCAUAUAAUAACGGUCAACGCCGGCGAGGAUGUAACAAAUAAGAUAAUCUCAUUUUCGCAACAAGGACCUCGUGCGAUUUGCGUUUUAUCAGCAAACGGUGUUAUUUCAAGCGUUACACUUCGUCAGCCCGAUUCAUCCGGAGGCACAUUGACAUACGAAGGCCGGUUUGAGAUAUUAUCAUUGUCCGGAUCAUUCAUGCCUAACGACAUAGGUGGAACUCGGAGUAGAACCGGAGGAAUGAGUGUAUCGUUAUCAAGCCCCGACGGACGUGUACUAGGCGGUGGCGUUGCUGGUUUACUAGUAGCCGCGAGUCCGGUUCAGGUGGUUGUGGGAAGUUUCUUAGCCGGCACUGAUCAGCAAGAUCAGAAACCGAAGAAGAACAAACACGAUUUCAUGUUGUCGAGUCCAACCGCUGCGGUACCUAUCUCUAGUGCAGCUGAUCACCGGAUAAUUCAUUCUGCGUCGUCUCUUCCGAUCAAUAAUACGUGGCAGACUUCAUUAACUUCUGAUCCAAGAAACAAGUCUUCCGAUAUUAACGUCAGUUUAACUUGA